CUAGAUGUCUGUCACUUUAAGUACCCAGAGGUAGUAGCAGCAUUGCCGCAAUGAGUGUGUCUUUACUAUUGUUCUGGAAUGAUAUUCUCAGUGUGUUGGUACAAUGCUCGUAUAUAGGUGACUAGUUAGUUAGUUGCUCUCAGAGCAGCCAGUGAUCGAACAGAUGGGGUCGAGCUCAUUCGAUGUCGAGGCUCAUCUGCCAGAGAUGCCAAAGAUUCCUGCGACGUCAUGAAACCAUUGCUGCAAAUUUAGGGAUAUGCAUGGAGAAACGCAGUCCGCACUGUUCGGUACGGAAACUUCUCAUAGGACACGUAUUGCAAGGUAUACUCGGCGCAAGAGAAUUUUUAACCGGGAAGAUCAGGAACUUGGACAUGUUGAAGUACGCGGGUGGAUAGCUCAAGGCACCUAUAUAAUUAUCCUUUUAGAACGACAAGUCAUCAUGCCUUCAUUCGUAUGUCUUCUGACGAUUGGAAUGUGUCAACUUGAACGGGAUAGGAAAGAGUUAAUACCCAGUGACUACAGUUCGAAAAAAUUCCGAGCGCCAAAGUUCUUAUGCAUCCGUGGUUCUAAUCUUCGCCGCUCCUACAAGUUGUUAAAGCUUUAUGCGACAAGUCGUUGGGGAUAUAGAAUGUUCAGCUCCGGUAGCAGGCAAUUCCUGAGCGUGGAGCAAGACGGCGAGAUUACUGGUCCAGGGAGUGGAGUCAAGGGAACUGGAUUUAAGCAGCCGAAUAUUAUGAAUGUGGUUCUGGACUAUUGGAUAAAAGGUCUGGUGUGGUGGUCGGUCGAUGGUGGAGCCAGGCGAUAUGGUCAGCAGACUCCAGUUCGAGCCACUCAAGGGGAUCGGUCCUACCAAUUGCUCCGUGAGAGUACUGGCAGUUGGGGACACACCAGCACAGCGGCAUCGAGUCGGAAGUCUAGAAAACGUGUUGAUGACAGCAUCAACUAUUUCAGACUCCGCGACCGCGCCUGGGGUGACGACAUUUUUUGGACAUGUAUUACUACCGACUUUGCUGGUGCCACAUCAGAAGGGAUGACUUUUGGUACAGCUUAG